AUGCUUUAUCACACUCUAUUCAUCCUCCAUUUCUUUCUCUUCAUCACUUUCAUUCUCCCUUCACUCUCUCUUCUUCACAAAACGUCACACUCUUUGGUGAUGCUUCUUUCACAGACACCUCCAUUAGUCUCACCAAACAAAAACUCACCUGUCUUUCUUCUUCAACUUCUGGAACGGGAAGAGCCUUCUACCUCUACCCUGUUCGUUUUCUUGAUCCCUUAA